GUAUUAUGUUUUGAGUAGUGGCGUAUUAGUGAAUUAACUUGCUUCUCAAAAAUUAGAUAAUUACUAGGUACAGUUACUGUGUUUUUUUGGUUAACAAAACAAUCGAAAUAUUUCAAUUGAAGUAAUAUACCUAAUAAAAUAUGAUCUUCCUGACUUCGAUAAUCCUAUUGCUGACCGCUGUUAUUGUAAGCUAUAUCAGAUGGAGACAACGGUAUUGGGAGAGAAAAGGAGUUCCGCAGUUCGAUCCUGAUCUAAUUUUUGGCGAUACCAAACCGUUAUUAACAGGAUCCAAAUCCGUGCAAGGUUAUUUCCAAGAUGUGUACGAAGCUGGUCGAAAAAAAUCAGACAAACACGUGGGAAUAUACAACUUUUGGCAACCGGAAUAUGUACCUAUCGAUUUAAAUAUAAUAAAGAGGAUAGUGACAACGGAUUUCAACUAUUUUGAUGCACGUGGACUCUACCAUUCCAAAUUUGAUAAGUUUUCAGAAAAUAUGUUUACUCUUGAUGGUGCUGAAUGGAAAGAUCGCCGAGUGAAAAUUACACCAACAUUCACAUCAGGUAAAAUUAAAAUUAUGUUCGAAACGGUAUUGGAAAAAGCAAGUGAACUUUCGAAAGCAAUUAUUCGGGAAGCCGAUGCCAAUAAAGCGAUUGCAGUUAAAGAAUUAAUGGCAAGGUAUGGUACUGAUACUUUUGCCAGCGUAGGUUUCGGUCUCGAAUGCAACACACUAAGAGAUGCUGAUAAUAUAUUCAGACAAAUUGGAAGAAAAGCUCUCAAACCAAACCUGAUUGGUUUCUUCCUUGAAUUAACUUUUCCAGCUAAUUUAUUAGCUGCGUGCGGCCAUACAUUAGUCCCCAAAGACGUCGAAGCAUAUUUUACAAAUAUUGUUAGCGACACAUUGAAAUUUAGGGAAAGUAAUGACGUGAAGAGAAACGAUUUUUUGCAACUUCUUUUGCAACAAAAGAAAAGAGAGGCUGGUAAUGAUGGUGACGUCGUUGUUUCUGACGAUAAAAAAAAUCUUACCGAGCAAGAAAUUAUUAAUGAGGCAUUUUUAUUUUAUUUGGUUGGUUUUGAAACUUCUGCAGGUACAAUGACUUUUGCUUUAUUGGAAUUGGCGCAAAACCCUCAAAUGCAGGACAAACUGCGCGAAGAAAUAUUGGCUAAUUUAGAUAAACAUAAUGGCAAAUUCACUUAUGAAAGUCUUAGUGAAAUGGAAUAUCUUGAUAGAAUACUAAAAGAAACCCUCAGGAAGUAUCCAGUACUUGCAGUUUAUCCAAGAGCAUGUUCAAAAGAUUAUAAGAUACCUGGCACAGAUGUCGUACUUAAGAAAGGUACCAAAGUUCAUAUCCCAGCAAUUGGAAUUCAUCGAGAUCCAGAAUAUUACCCGAAUCCAGAAGAAUUCGACCCAGAAAGGUUCACCCCGGAAAAUAUUGCUAAGAGGCCCGAUUUCGCUUAUUUGCCAUUUGGUGAAGGUCCUAGGCAAUGCAUAGGAAUGAGAUUUGCCCGAGUGCAAACUAAAAUUGGAAUUGCUACCUCGAUAAAAGACUACAGAAUAACUUUAGAUGAAAGGACGCAGCUUCCUUUGCAAUUCGAUCACGCAUCUAUUGGCUUUACCUUGAAAAAGGAUAUCAUGCUAAGGUUCACCAAAGUCUAGAAGACAACUAGCUUUUUUUUUAUCGAGCACAAUAUUUUAAGCAUUUAUCAUUUACUUACAUAAGUAGGUAGCUACUUUUAUUUUACUAUACUAUUUAUAUAUAAUAUACCUAUAUAAUUAUAUUUUUUAGAUUUUA